GCUGUUUGAUCUGUGCUGUGAUGUGAUGUGGUUGAUUCUGAGUUGCAGUGCUGUCUUGAGGCUGGCUGGUGUCGGAUCUCUGUGCUCCGGGCGCAGUCUGAUGACGUCAUUGCCCCGCCUGCCCAGGCUUGUGUACGGAAGUCAGCAGGAGGAAGUGAAGGCGACGUGUUGAAUAGACAUGAGGCGCUGAGCCCACCCAGGAAGAGUAGUUUCGUGCUGUAGUCCUUUAUUUUGAGUGUGGUAAUGAGCGGUCCCGGGGUGCGCUCUUAAAUCGACAGUUGAGCUCGGCGGCCCGGAGGCGCUGGUGGACAGAGCUGAAAAUGAGCUCCCGGGACGUGCUGGAGAGCGUCACGGCUCUCGCCUCCUACAAUGUCCUGCUGCAGGUGCUGUUCCGGGCGCUCACCUUCGUCCUCAACGCCUUCACCCUGCGCUUCCUGUCCAGAGAGGUUAUAGGAGUGGUCAACGUCAGGCUGACGCUGCUGUACUCCACCGUCGUGUUCCUGUCCAGGGAGGCCUUCCGCAGGGCCUGUCUGAGUGGGAGUGCCCAGCAGAACUGGAGACAAGUGGUCAACCUGCUGUGGCUGACGGUGCCGCUGGGAGUGCUGUGGUCUGUCCUGCUUGGCGCCGUGUGGCUGUGGCUGCUGGAGUCGCCGGAUCCCGACGCCAUCCCUCACUACCCGGCCGCAGUGGCGCUGUUCGCGCUGGCCGCCGUGCAGGAGCUGCUGGCCGAGCCCCUCUGGGUCCUGGCGCAGGCCCACAUGUUCGUCCGGCUCAAGGUGGUGGCGGAGAGUCUGUCCAUCGUGGCCAAGUGCGGCCUGACGGUGGCCCUCGUGGUGUGCGUGCCUCGCUGGGGGCUGUACAUCUUCUCUGCGGCCCAGCUGGUCUACACGGGCGGCCUGCUGCUCUGCUACACCCUGUACUUCGCCAGGUUCCUGCGCUCCCGGGACGCGGACAGGAAGCCGUUCCCCUUCCGCAGACUUGGAGAGCUCCUGCCCGCGAGGGUGGACGGAGAGCCGGUGCUGAAUGGGAGGCUGGCCAGGCUGACCUGGAGCUUCUUCAAGCAGUCCUUCCUCAAGCAGAUCCUCACAGAAGGCGAACGCUACGUCAUGACCUUCCUGAACGUGCUGGACUUCGGAGACCAGGGGGUGUAUGACAUCGUGAAUAACCUGGGCUCGCUGGUGGCACGGUUCCUCUUCCUGCCCAUUGAGGAGAGCUUCUACAUCUUCUUCGCCAAGGUGCUGGAGCGCGGCAAGACAGCCAGGCAGCAGAGACAGGUGGGCAGUGGGACACACCUGCAGCUCUGUGCCCCAGGUACGCUGCCCGCUGGCAGAGGGGAGAGACAGGUGGGCAGUGGGACACACCUGCAGCUCAUUUUCCCGUUCGCGAAGUCACUAGAGCGCCCCCUAGCUGGAAGGGCCCAACUUUGCCCUUAAUAGAAGGGUCACUGGCAGAGCCUGAGCAGUGAAAGCGAUCUUUCAGCGUGCCGGCAGACCGAAACAGUCUGGGACGCCGCUGGGAAUCCCUGUGACCCACAGUGAUGGCACAGAGAGGUGUGCCAGCCGCCCAGGGGGUGCCCUUGAUGUCCUGGGCUCUGGUACAGCUCCCCUGCAAUAGAUAAGUGGCAGUUUGUCUCCCAGGGGCACAAUCUGAGGACGGCGUUCUUAUGACACAAGAGCCCUAGUGGCCAAGCCCCUCUCGGGGAGCGAUCUGCGAUCCACACUCUGCCAGGGGAGUGGUGAAAGGCCUUGCCUGAGCCGCGGUGCGGCCUGCUGAUUUCGCCCUCCGCCGCGGUGAUGCGUCGCG